AUAAUUUAGCAAAACACCAGUUCAAUCGCAAAGGAACCUCAUUGUUUGAUAAGUCAACGUAAACAAAACGAUCUCCAAGCUCGAUUAUUGCUGUCUGUCGAUCGGGUCAAAGGUCAAUCCUCGCUCCAUCGUUGUGCUUCAAACUUUAGCUCCUCUUGUGACCGACCGUCAGCUAGCGGCUAGCCUGACGCUAGAGCCACUUCUGUUCAUCACCAGAAAACAGAAAUCAAAACAACACAAACGUUUAUCGGGAUAGCUCGAUCUUUCAUCCUCGCUUGCACCUUUUGUGCUGUGUUAUCAUUAGCAUCCUGGUUAGCGUGGUUAGCCUCGCUAGCUAGCCCAUGAAGCUAGCCUCAGCGCGCGACUCAACCGCCUCCCCAUCGAGCGUCGCGCGGUGCCGGUGCCGCCAUGCAGGACCUCCUGGCCACCGUGGACCACAUCAAGUUCGACUUGGAGAUCGCCGUGGAGCAGCAGCUGGGCGCGCAGCCGCUGCCGUUCCCCGGGAUGGACAAGUCCGGAGCGGCAGUCUGUGAGUUCUUCAUGAGGGCAGCCUGUCUCAAAGGGGGCAUGUGCCCGUUCCGCCACAUCAGCGGGGAGAAGACGGUGGUCUGUAAGCACUGGCUGCGCGGGCUCUGCAAGAAGGGCGACCAGUGCGAGUUCCUCCACGAGUACGACAUGACCAAGAUGCCCGAGUGCUACUUCUACUCCAAGUUCGGCGAGUGCAGCAACAAGGAGUGUCCGUUUCUGCACAUCGAUCCAGAGUCUAAGAUCAAAGACUGCCCCUGGUACGACCGGGGCUUCUGCAAACACGGCCCCGACUGCAGACACAGACACACCCGCAGGGUCAUCUGCGUCAACUACCUGGUGGGCUUCUGUCCCGAGGGGAAGGCCUGUAAAUUCAUGCACCCCCGGUUUGAGCUGCCCAUGGGCGCUCCAGACCAGCCUCCGCUCCCCGGCCAGGGGAUGGGGCAGAACCAGAUGAAGCCGGUUCCCAGCAUCGGCCGCUCCUCCCUCUCCCUGAUCCAGCUCACCAACUCCAACCCCGGCCACGGCCCCUACCAGCGGCCCCAGUACCACAACUCGGGCCCCAUGGGGCACAACAUGGGGGGCAACCGAGGGCCCCGGCCCCUGGACCAGGUCACCUGCUACAAGGUGAGCCACGCCCCCCGGCUCUGUCCUAGGAGCUCGUGUUAAAGGGGCGGUCCUGCU